AUGCCGCCGCCGGGGCAGGAGCGGGCGGCGCCGGCGCCGGGGGCGCGCUGCAGGACGCUGUACCCCUUCUCGGGGGAGAGACACCGGCACGGGCUGCGCUUCGGCGCCGGGGAGCUGCUGACCUUCCUGCAGGCGGCGCCCGACGGCGGCUGGUGGGAAGGGGAGAGCGCCGAAGGGCUGCGCGGCUGGUUCCCGGCCAGCUACGUGCAGCUGGUGGAGAAACCUAGGAAAAUCACUCCUCAGACAGAAGACUCUCAGAAUGGCCAUCUCCCUCCUGGCUGGCAGAGUUAUAUGUCUCCCCAGGGCCGCAGGUACUAUGUGAACACCUAUACCAAUGAGACUACUUGGGAGCGGCCAAGCAGUGUGCCUGGGACCCCAAAGAGCCCCGUGACACAGAAGAACUCCUUGCCUACAGUGAACGGAUAUCACAUACCAGGACCUUUGGUAUCUCAACUAGAACCAAGCCACAUGAGUCUCCAGAAAGUCAACAGUGAUGCCCAGAGUCCUGGGUCCCCAUCACCUACUCGAAAGCAAAAUAAGGAGACCACCUUCACGAUAAACUGUGUAACAUUUCCCCACCCUGAUGCAGUGCCAGAACAGCAGUUGCUGAAACCUUCCGAAUGGAGCUACUGUGAUUAUUUCUGGGCUGAUAAGAAGGAUCCCCAAGGGAACAGUACAGUCUCAGGAUUCGAAAUUCUUCUGCAGAAACAACUGAAAGGAAAACAAAUGCAGAAAGAAAUGGCAGAGUUUAUUCGCGAAAGGAUAAAAAUUGAAGAAGAAUAUGCCAAAAACUUGUCUAAACUGUCUCAAAACUCGUUGGCUUCUCAGGAAGAAGGGACUCUAGGUGAGGCUUGGUCUCAGCUGAAGAAAAGCCUGGCUGAUGAGGCAGAAGUUCAUCUCAAGUUUUCUUCCAAACUUCAGGCUGAGGUGGAGAAACCCCUACUGAACUUUCGAGAGAAUUUCAAGAAAGACAUGAAGAAGUAUGACCAUCACAUUGCUGAUCUGCGAAAACAGCUGGUUAGUCGGUAUGCUGCUGUGGAAAAGGCCCGCAAAGCAUUAACAGAGAGGCAAAAGGACUUAGAGAUGAAAACACAACAGCUGGAGAUAAAACUUAGUAACAAGACAGAAGAGGAGAUUAAGAAGGCCAGGCGGAAGUCUACUCAAGCUGGAGAUGACCUCAUGCGUUGUGUGGAUCUUUAUAACCAAGCUCAAUCAAAAUGGUUUGAAGAAAUGGUGACUACCUCUCUGGAACUCGAGAGGCUGGAGGUGGAGAGAGUGGAGAUGAUUCGACAACAGCUCUGCCAAUACACACAGUUGCGACAUGAGACCGACAUGUUCAACCAAAGCACAGUAGAACCUGUGGAUCAGUUGCUUCAGAAAGUGGAUCCAUCCAAAGACAGGGAACUGUGGGUAAAAGAACACAAAACCGGUGAUAUCAGACCUGUGGAUAUGGAGAUAUAAACUGCUGUUACUGGCCUUAAGUGGCAAGGCUUUUUGGUUCAGCCAAGUUCAAGGGAGUUCUGUAAAUCCCUCAGGAGGAGGACAGGAGAGACAUCCCGCUAUUGGCUUCCUCAUAUAUUUAUUAUUGACAUGUUUGAUCAUGAUUUCAUUUCCUAUUGUGCUAUGCCUUAAACAUCACACAUUCCAGGGUUGAGAAGCCGCUCUUUUUACUUCCUUUCAAACAGGCUCCUGUUAGCUGAGCAUGUGCCGUUCUCAUGAUUAACUAUGAAGCCUGUUGUGUGGUAUAAAGAGUUUUGCUAUUCUGUAAUUGAUUAAUAUGUGCUACUCCCCUUGCAUGAUACUCCGUUUGUAUGGUAAUGUUAGGCACAGCAAGCCUCUGCCAAACAAAAUGUACUGAUGAAAUUGUACAUGGCUCUGAAAGCAGGGAGAUCCUCCUGAACGUUGCCAUAUAGUUAAACAAGAGGGGGAGAUUCUGGGAAUCACUCCCUCCCUCCCUUCGUCACUAUGAAAUGGAGUUCAUAAUGCUUACCUACCUCACAGGGGUGUUGUGAGGAUAACAGUAAAACCUGUACAGCAAUUUUC